CGGAGGAGCAGAUUUGAAUGAUUUUUUUUUUUUUUUUUCGAGAAGGCAACAGGAACAAAGAUACGCAAUGGUGUCCUCGUCGUGUCUCCUGCUUUUCUCUCUCGUUUGCUUCGGUGAGGUGGUUUCUGCUCAGAUCAAAUACUCGACUCCAGAAGAGAUUCGGGUGGGAUCUACGAUUGGAAAUGUGGCCAAGGAUUUAGGCCUUGAUGUAUCUACUCUGGUAAACAGGCAUUUUCGCCUUGUGUCCGGAGGUGAGGACGCUCUGUUUGAGGUGAAUCCGACGAGCGGAGUUUUGUGCGCGCACCGGAGGAUCGACCGCGAAGAGUUGUGCGACAAAAACGCUGCCUGCGCGGUGGAUCUGAAAAUCGUUGUUGAAAAUCCACUGGAGAUCCAUUAUGUCAGCGUGGAAAUAACGGAUGCUAACGACCACGCUCCGAGUUUUGCUGAGAAAGAAAAGGUGUUCGAAAUAGCGGAAAGCACUUUACCGGGAGCGCGAUUUCAGUUACCAGGCGCACGAGAUGCAGAUGUUGGGAUAAAUUCUGUCCAGCGUUACAAGCUCAGUCCAAACGAUCAUUUUCAUCUUGAAAUCAGAGACAAGGACGAGGACAAAAUCCCUUUCUUGGUGCUCCAAAAGAAUUUAGACAGAGAACAGAAAAUAAUCCACAGCUUGAUUCUGACAGCUACAGAUGGAGGGACCCCGCAAAAAUCUGCUCAUCUGAAUCUUACCAUAAAGGUUCUUGAUAUCAAUGAUAACAGGCCGAUUUUUUCCAAAGAUGUUUAUUCUGCAACCUUAAGAGAAAACGUGUCGUUGGAAACGGUUGUAAUGAACGUUCACGCUACGGAUCUCGAUGACGGAAUAAACGGAGAAGUCGAAUAUGGUUUUGGUGGAGACGUUAAUACCAAAGUCUUACAGCUGUUUCGUCUGGAUAAAAAUACAGGAGAAAUCCGAGUUCAGGGUCAGAUAGACUAUGAAACGUCUGAUGUUUUCAAAUUAGAUAUCCAGGCUUCUGAUAAAGGUCAGCCCCCGAUGACAACGGAUUGUAGAGUUAUAAUAAAGGUAAUUGAUAUUAAUGAUAACAAACCAGAGAUAGAGGUGACGACAAUAUCAGACAGUGUUCCGGAGGAUUCCAGAAGUGGAACUGUCAUUUAUCUAAUUAGCGUGUCAGAUCUCGAUUCUGGAGUGAAUGGUAAAGUGAUAUGCAGUGUGUCAGAAAAUGUGCCGUUUGAAUUAAAACCCUCAUUUAAGGAAAAUAUGUAUUCAUUAGUGACAAAUCAACCACUCGACAGAGAAGCCGUGUCUGAUUAUGAGAUCUCCAUCACAGCUACAGACUACGGGGAUCCUCCACUCUCCUCAGCCAAAACUUUAAAUAUCAGAGUGUCAGAUGUGAAUGACAACUUCCCAGAAUUCAAGCAUAAUCCGUUAGAAUUAUAUCUAACAGAAAAUAUAUCCCUGGUGCAACAAUAUUUUCUGUAAGUGCGUUUGAUAAAGAUUUAAACGACAACGCCGCUUUGUCCUACAGAAUACUGAGAGCAGAAGAAGGUCAUAAAGUGGCUGCAACUUUUCUGAAUAUCAACUCUGACACCGGACAAAUAUCAGCACU